CGAAGAGAUGACUAAAAUACCAGUAUCAAUUAAGCACGCAGGGAAGAAAUUAGAUUUAGAUUUAAAUACACAAGCAUCUGGUUUAGAUUUUAAGAAUGAUAUCUACGCUAUAACUGGCGUGGCACCAGAGAGACAAAAAGUUAUGAUAAAAGGCGGUAUCUUAAAGGAUGAUACUGAUAUGGAGAAGCUCGGAUCAACAAUAAAACCAGGUCAUUUGUUCAUGGUUAUUGGUGCAGCAGGUCCAUUACCUUCGGCGCCUACAGAAAAGGUCGUAUUCAUGGAAGAUCUCGAUGAUAAGCAGUUGUCACAAGCCUUGAAGAACCCAGUUGGUUUGACAAACCUUGGUAACACUUGUUAUUUGAACAGUUCAAUUCAGGUUCUGAGAGCUAUACCGGAAUUACAAAACAACUUAAACAACUCACAGAACAAUGGUCUCAGUAGAUCCUUAGAAGCGCUUUUUAGCUCACUUAACAACUCAACUGACGCAAUAACACCAACUUCAUUCUUGACAACGUUAAGAUCAAACUACCAACAGUUCACAGAGAGAGACAGAUUCGGACAGUUUGCCCAACAAGAUGCAGAAGAAGCCUGGGGUGCGAUACUCAGCUCAUUAGCAGGCACCACUGGUAUGGAAGGCAAGUCAUUUGUCGAUCAGUACAUGAGAGGUAGCUAUGUGAAAGAAAUGUCGACACCUGAAGCGCCAGAGGAAGAACCUACUUAUUCGAUCGAGGAAUUCACCAAACUGGGCUGUAAUAUCUCUUCAAAUACCAAUUACCUCCAACAAGGCUUGAGUGAAGGCUUAGAUGAACAAAUUGAGAAAUAUUCUGGAACUCUUAACAGGAACGCUCAAUAUGUUCAGAAGUCCAGAAUAAAUCGUCUACCAAGCUAUCUUACCGUUCAUCUGGUGAGAUUCUACUGGAGAGCUGACUUAGGUAAAAAAGCCAAGAUUCUCCGUAAAGUAAAAUUCCCAAUGGAGUACGAUGCGAGCGAAUUAGUUAGUGACGAUUUGAAAGCCAAGAUCAAUCCAGUCAAUAAGAAACUUUAUUCGAUCAACAAGGAUAGAGAAGAAAGAAGAAGAUUGAGGAAGCGCAUCAAGACGAGAAACGACUUGGAGGAGAAGGCUAACAAUUCAAAGAACAAUGAUGAGAUGUUAAUCGAUGAGAUAAAAGAUGAACAAAACAAGAUUGGUGAUGCAGAAUUACUCAGUGAAGAAGUAUAUCAAGCGAAGGAGAAGAAGGAACUGGAUGAGUUAGUUGAUGAGGACUUGAAGAAUGACAUUGGUUCUUCAAAGAGUGGAUUGUACGAUUUGGUUGGCAUAGUUACACACAAAGGUGUCAACGCAGAUGGUGGUCACUACAUCGGUUGGGUUAGGGGAGAUGUACACAAAGGUGAAGAACACCAAGAUGAUUGGUAUAAAUUCGAUGAUAACAAGGUUAGCAAGAUAUCAAAGGAGAAAAUUGCGCAAUUAGAAGGUGGAGGUGAAGAUAGUGUGGCUUACUUGUUAUUAUACAAAGCUAAAAUGUAGAUGAAUGG